ACUCACCUCCAUCGCGACAUUCAUAUUGAACGUCGCAAUUGGGGCGCCUCACAGCACAGCUCACGGCACACAGCGUAUAGCUCACCUCUCACUCACCCGCACGCCCCACGGCGACUCACCACCUCACAGCUUCCGACGGGCGCGUGCAGCUCGAGCACAAGCGACUCGACAACUGCACUUCCACCCCACGCAGCGCAGCUCGAUAAGAGAACCUGUGAGCACUCAAGAAUUGCAGGCAUGGCCACUCAACCAACCGACGACGGUUAUCUAGAUAUCGCCGACUUGCUGGAAUCCGAGGAGCAGAAGGCAAAAGAGAAGAUCGCCCAGCAGAAGGCUGGAGCCAACAACAAUGGCGACUCCGACGUCCGCAUGGGCGGCACUUCACGCCCAUCGUCACCUUCCUCGCGCGACCCCCGCCGCCUAGACCGCCCGACCUCAAGCAGCGGACCCCGCGACAGGUAUUUUACCGAACGCGAAGAGAAUAACGAGCGGCGCGCACGCCGAUCCAAGGGAGCUGAUGAAGACUCUGAUAGAGCCAGCGCUAAUGGGAGUGUCCGCAGUGGCAGACGUCGAAGCCGCUCUCCUAGGGCAGACGGUCGCCGCAACCACCGCUCACGCGAUCGUGCCGGUGGAGACUACUACCGCGGAGGAGGUCGCAAUGACGACUACUAUCGUCCAAACGGAGAUCGCCUCCCACGUUCGCGCUCCCCAGGACGUCGCGGUGGGCGUGAUGACCGCGGCAGACGUGACGACAGGGGCGGACGACGCGACGGUGACCGUCGGGACCGUCGCGCUCGGUCGCCAGCUGGUGGUAAGCGCAAGACUCCGGAACCAACUGACGACGAGCGAGACAGACGCACCGUUUUCGUUCAGCAGUUGGCUGCUCGUCUUCGCUCCCGUGAGCUCAAGGAGUUCUUUGAGCAGGUUGGAUCAGUGGUUGACGCUCAGAUUGUGAAGGACAGGGUCAGCGGUCGCUCGAAGGGAGUUGGCUACGUUGAGUUCAAAGAAGAAGAAUCUGUUGAGAAAGCUAUCGGACUCACGGGACAGAAGCUCCUUGGUAUUCCGAUCAUCGCCCAGCUCACUGAAGCAGAGAAGAAUCGUCAAGCCCGCAACACCGAGGGCACCGCCACACAGUCUAACGGCAUCCCAUUCCAUCGCCUCUACGUCGGCAACAUCCACUUCUCCAUCACUGAAGACGACCUGAAGAACGUGUUUGAGCCAUUCGGCGAGCUCGAGUUUGUUCAGCUCCAGAAGGAGGAAGCUGGUCGCUCCAAGGGUUACGGCUUUGUCCAGUUUAUUGAUCCGGCACAGGCUAAAGAAGCUCUUGAGAAGAUGAACGGCUUCGAGCUGGCCGGACGCCCAAUCCGCGUCGGCCUCGGUAACGACAAGUUCACUCCAGAGUCUACUCAGUCUCUGCUUCAGAGGUUUGGUUCACAAGCUCAGGCUGCACAGUUUCAAGGCUCUCAAUUCUCCGGCAUGGGCGGCCGCGGCUCCCACGCUGGCGGCACCGCCAAUUUCGACAGACCCGCAGCUCGCGAUGUUGACAAGACCGGUGGAGCUUCAGCUCUCGACGAUACGGACGUCGGCGGCGUGAACUUCUCGAACUACAGCCGCGAUGCCCUGAUGAAGAAGCUUGCUCGCGUUGACGAGCCAGAGCAGAAGAUCGCUCCCAAGACCCAGGCUAAGAAGGCCACCUUCGAGCAGACCACUGCCACUCGCUGCGUCCUCAUCAAGAACAUGUACAAUCAGGAAGAGGAGACUGAAGCCAACUGGCAGAAGGAGCUCAAAGAUGACGUCAAGCAGGAGUGCGAGGAGAAGUAUGGUAAAGUGGUCCACAUCGACCUUGCUCUCGACAACAACGACGGUGAGGUCUACGUCAAGUUCGAUCGAGUCCAGGGUGGAGAGAACGCCUACAAGGGCCUCAACGGCCGUUGGUUCGGUGGUCGCAUGCUCACUGCCCAGUACGUGGUUGACGCAGUCUACCACAUGAACUUCCCCAAGGCUGCCAACGUCUAAAGGUAUGUUGUUUUACACUUCUUUCAUCGCGUGCAGAUAUGAACUUGCGGCGGCGGCGGCAAUGGCAACGGCGACGGAUCAGAACGAGAUGCGUGCUUUGCACUCUGAGCGUUUUCUUUUGGGCGAACAUUGGGCGUUUGUUACCAUGGCACGAGGCUCGAACAUGGAGUUUCAAUGAUUCUACGGGAGGGUAACUUCAAGACUGGCGCAUUGAGUGUUUGGGGGAAGAAAUGCGGAUCCAGCUGGAUGGCAUCGAAGGACGUUCUUGAAAAUUGGCGUGACAGCGCUGCAAUGGGUCGACUUUCCUGAAUGCUUUUGGCAAUCGGACUUUGGGACUCUAGCUGGUGCACUUACGCACAUCACGCUUUGGGAGCUACAUCGGCUCGGCGCUCCUGCGAACGCAGGCUUGCAUAUUGUACAGUAACGACUACUGCGCUCUGCUAUCCUACGCUCUACUAUUAUGCAGGGCUUGCAGUACAAAUCAAAAGCAUAUUGAAAACG